CUUUUGAAAAAGCAAGUAUCAAGUAUACAUGGGUAUUAUGGGCAAAUAUACAUUUUUCAGAACCCAAAAAUUUCAGUAUUUACACUUAGAAAAUCGAAAACAAUGGCAGUCUUGAGCACUCCAGAAAUAGAUUGCAUUAUAAGAGAGCUGACAUCCCUAAAUGGCAAUAACUGCACACUCGCAGAGGACCUUAUCGAGAGACUCAUUCAGGAUACUCGCAAUGUGAUCAAGUGCCAGCCCAUGCUCCUAAAACUAGAGGCUCCCGUAAAAAUCUGCGGCGAUAUCCAUGGUCAGUUUACGGAUCUCCUGCGCAUUUUUCAGGCUUGUGGGUUUCCCCCCAAGGCGAACUACUUGUUUCUCGGGGACUACGUGGAUCGGGGUAAGCAAUCCCUGGAAACUAUCUGCCUGAUGUUCGCCUACAAGGUCAGGUAUCCCGUGAACUUCUUCCUGCUCCGCGGAAAUCACGAGUGCGCCAGCAUAAAUAGGAUUUACGGAUUUUACGACGAGGUCAAAAGAAGGCACUCGGUUCGUUUGUGGCGGAGAUUCACGGAUUGCUUCGACUGGCUGCCAGUGGCCGCGGUGGUUGGCGAACGGAUCUUCUGCUGUCACGGUGGUCUAGGUCCAUCUCUCCGGAGGCUGGAGCAGAUCUGCGAGCUCCGGCGACCCACGGAUGUCCCGGACGAGGGCAUCCUGUGCGACCUCCUGUGGGCGGAUCUCAAUCACACCUCCGAGGGGUGGGGCUUCAACGAUCGCGGGGUCAGCUUCACCUUCGACGAACUAAUUGUGCGGAGUUUCCUGAAAGCCCAUGACCUAGACUUGAUGGUUCGUGCCCACGAGGUCGUGGAGGAUGGCUACGAGUUCUUUGCCAACCGCCAUCUGGUCACCAUCUUUUCGGCCCCGAACUAUUGCGGUCUCAUGAACAAUGCCGGCGGAGUGAUGAGUGUCAGCGAGGAACUGACGUGCUCCUUUGUCAUCAUUCAGCCGAGUCAUAAAUGCCAAGUUGUCAAAGAAAAAGAUACGUGAUUUUCUUAAAUGUGUGCAUUUUCAAUGUAUUCUGUGAUGUAUUACAUAAAUGCAAUAAAAAUGGCUUCUUGCACCAAACGCAUGUACAUCAAAAAUAUAAAUUUCAAGACUAAAUUAAACUCUA